AUGCAAUCCCCGCGGGGCGUGGCCACACUGGGAGUGGGCGUGGCAUCGCCGACACCGCCCAAUGCGCCGAGGCGGCGGCGCCGCCAUUUUGUGCUGAAGCUGCCUCAGGAUGGAGUCGAAACCCGAACCGGAGCUGCCCGCCGCCCGCCGAGCCUUCAGACUCACCGCCCCGCCACGGAGCGCCGCUCCACGCACCCCUCCGCACCGCUGGCAGCGCUGAACGGCCUCAUGGAGCACAGCGGACGCGAACGCGCCGGCCCCGGCUUGGGAUGGGCCCGACUGGGCCUGGCCGGGGCCUGGCCGAAGCUGGCGGCGCCCAGCGCGGCGCCCGCCGGCGGCUCGUCCCAGGCGAGCCCGCCCUUCUCGUGGCUGCGCGUGGUGUCGCAGCUGCUGUCGCCGCUACCCGCCCUCCUGCAGCGGCUGCUGCCCGGCGCCGCGCUCAGCUCCGCGCUGUGCCCCGCCAAGGCAUCGCCGCCGCUGGUGCUGCUGCCCAAGGCGGACGCCUCGCUGGACUGGACCGAGGAGAAACUCCCGGAGAAGCGGCCGGAGCCGCCGGCGGGGCUGUGGGGAGCAGGGCUGGUGAGGAACAGCCUGGGAGCCCUUCCCAUGGAUUGGUACGUGCUGGGCUUGGAGCAGGGCAAGAGCCACCUGCCGCAGCCCCUGCGAGCCGAGGGCUUGCCCGAGGUUGAAUUCCUGCGCAGCAAGCGCCUGGCGUUCCUCCAGCGCUGGCAUCUGCCCGUGCCCGACCCCGACCACGGCUACCACAGCCUGGAGGAGGAGCAGCAGCAGCAGACCAGGGGUGUCUGCCUGGAAAUCGGGGAGCAGCGCGGUAAUAACGGGGAUUUAGAGCAGCCGGCGGAUGCGGGGAUUCAGCCCGGAGGUGUCCCCGAGGAGCAGGAGGGGCUCCGGGGUGCGGCUGAGGAUGGGGAAGCCUUGGCUGAAGAGGAACGCGAGGACUCGGAAACGGAGCAAGACUUCCCAAUAUCCACCAGACCUGUCUGUGCGAAUAAAUUAAUCGAUUAUAUCAUCGGGGGAGUAUCCAGCGGCGAGGAGAGUGAGGGUGAGGAAGACUGGGAUGAUGGUGAUGAUGAUGAAGAUGAUGAUGACGGGUUUGACAGCGAAGAGCUGCCCUCCGACUCGGACGCCGGCAGCCAGGACGGGGAGAGGCUUCAUCUGUGGAACUCCUUCUACAGCUUGGAUCCCUACAACCCUCAGAACUUCACGGCCACCAUCCAAACGUCUUCCAGCGAGCCGGGAAAGGGAAUGUCGGACAUGGAGGAGGAGGAGGAGGAGGAGGAGGAGGAAGACUCAUGGGCAGAGUCCUCUGAGGGCUCGCCUAGUUCCGAUGAGGACGAGUGGGACUGCGAGAGCGUGGAUGAGGCGGAGAGCUUGAAACUUUGGAACUCGUUCUGUAGCUCGGACGAUCCCUAUAACCCUUUAAACUUUACUGCAGCCUUUCAGCCAGCGGAGAAAAAAGGGACGCCGGGUUUGCAAGGGGCAGAGAGGGCGAGUUGUGCCCCCUCGGAGCAUUUCGACGUGUGCAGGGUACAGCUGGAAAAACACAACUGCGGCAGCGCUGAGCUGGGGCAGAGCAGCGACAAAACUGCGAGCUCCAAGCGGAAAAAGGUGACAUUCCACGAGGAGGUGACCGAGUACUACAUCAGCAGCGAGGAGGAUCGCAGGGGGCCCUGGGAGGAGCUGGCUCGCGACGGCUGCAGGUUCCAAAAACGCAUCCAGGAGACCGAGGCGGCCAUCGGCUUCUGCCUGAGCCCCCAGCACCGGCUGCGGGUGCUGCAGAGGCUCCAGGAACCCCAACCCCACAGGACCGACCCCUUCUAG